CAAAACUAGCCUAUCACAGAGACCUUCAUUGUGCAGCUAUUGCGUAACAAAUGUAAGAGUAUCCCGGACUGAAUUAUUGCCCCAGUAAAAGUCAGUCUGAACAGGCUGAGACAUCUGGGUCACACCAAACUACAAAUAGAGUUCAGUGAGGGUUGUCCACCAUGUUGGAGGCGUUAGUCUGUCUGGUGGGACAGUGGAUCGAUACCAAGGGGGUCCUCCUGUUCCUCUUGGUUCUGUUGGUGACCAAGUACAUCCAUGAUCUGCCUCCUAAGAACUACCCACCAGGCCCCUUCCCCCUGCCUUUUGUUGGGAAUAUGCUGAAUAUCAGCAUCAAGGACCACAUAGGUUCCUUUAAAAAGUUUGUAGAGACUUACGGGGAUGUGACUACAGUAGACCUGGGUGGAGGGAACCGCUGUGUGCUCCUCUCAGGUCUCCGAGGCUUUAAGGAAGCCUUUGUGGAUCAGGCCGACGCCUUCACCGAUCGGCCAUCUUACCCCCUGAACGACAGGAUAAGCAGAGGCUUGGGCCUGAUCUCCUCUAACGGUCACAUGUGGCGGCAGCAGAGGCGCUUUGCCGUGUCCACGCUCAAAUACUUUGGAGUGGGGAAGAAGACCCUGGAGACCUCCAUCCUCCAGGAGAGCCACUUCCUGUGUGAUGUCUACUUGGCAGAGAGAGGCCUGCCCUUUAACCCUGAAGACGUCACCAACAAUGCAGUGGCCAACAUCGUUUGCACCCUGGUGUUUGGUUGUAGGUUUGAAUACAACGACCACCACUUCCACCACAUGCUGAAAUGCUCCGAGGACGUUUUACAGCUGCCUGCUACCUUCUGUGGACGGAUGUAUAAUCAGUUUCCCACACUGAUGCACUAUUUGCCUGGGAGGCACCAAUCAGCCUUCAUCAACCUUGGUACCAUAAAGCAGUUUAUCAGAGAGGAAGUAGAGAAACACAAAGAGGACAGGAACCCGUCCAACCCCAGAGACUACAUAGACUGUUACCUGGAAGAGAUAGAGAAGAAUCAGGAUGGGGCGGCUGGCUUCACUGAGGAGAACCUGCUGCACUGCGUGGUGGAUCUGUUUGGGGCCGGGACAGAAACAACGUCCAACACCCUUCUCUGGGCAAUGCUGUACAUGGCCAAGUACCCUGACAUUCAAAAGAAGGUGCAAGCGGAGAUCGAUGAGGUCAUAGGUUCGGCACGCCAGCCCUCAAUGGACGACCGAGCCAACAUGCCGUAUACCUAUGCUGUGAUCCAUGAGAUCCAGAGGUUUGGGAACAUUGUCCCCUUCACGCCUCCCAGAGUGGCCAAUAAGGACACCACCGUGGCGGGGUAUCUAGUGCCCAAGGGAAUGAUGGUGCUUCCAAUGUUAAAACCAAUCCUACAGGACAGAAAUGAGUAUGCAACCCCUAAUCAGUUCAAUCCUGGACAUUUCCUGGAUACAAAUGGAAAAUUUGUCAAAAAAGACAAUUUUAUCCCAUUUUCUAUAGGUAAGAGGAUGUGUCCAGGGGAGCAGCUGGCCAGGAUGGAGCUGUUUCUGUUCUUCACCUUUCUGCUCCAGAGGUUCACCUUCACACCUCCACAGGGCUGGGAGCUGGGCCUGGAGGGCCAGCUGGGGAGAGUGUUGACACCAGAGAGGAUCCACAAGUGGACCAGAUGGCAGAAAAUGGGCACGAGGACCGAAGUCCAGGUUUCAAUCCCCAAGUUUAAACUGCAGGAGGACUACCAGCUGAACACACCCCUGGCCUCGCUGGGCAUGGUGGAUGUGUUCGACCAGGACAGAGCAGACCUAUCUGGGAUGAGCGCAGCGAUGGAAGAUGAAGAUAGGGUCUACCUAUCCACUGUAGCCCACAAGGCCUUCGUGGAAGUGAACGAGAGAGGCACAGAGGCAGGUGCGUCCACAGUGGCAGACGGCAUAUCGUACGGUUUAAGUAACAAGCAUUACUUCACGGCAGACCACCCCUUUAUUUUCUUCAUUAGACACAACCAGACCCAAUCCAUUCUGUUUCUGGGCAGGUUCUCCUCACCUGAGGAGGGUGACAGGGAGGGAAGAUCUCUGUAGGAAGGGAAAAUAAUGUUUUGAAAAACAUGUUAUGUAAUGCAAGAGAGCCCUUCACAGUUUAGUUGAUUAUUGUUGAUCUUGUGUACCGAGUCUGUAUUUGACCUUUACUACGUGGAUAGUGCUGUUAUGUAUUGUUAUGUAAUAUAGCUCUCUUGUGCUUAUAGUUUGUGAAAUUUAAUGUAUUGGAAAUCAUCAAUGAUAUAAUAAAGUGAAAGUUUCUCUAUGUA